UAUAAAGGCGAUGUGGGGGGGAAUUUGCGCGUGACUCACACCCGUGUCGGUCCGAGCAGCAUCGCAGUGUCCGUGUUUUUUUCGGGGUGCACGAGCAAAGCGCGGCCCGCUGGAAGGAGUUGUGCGCGCAGCGAGGGGCGCGGCCGACCGCGAUGGAGACCACUUUCUACGAGGACAGUAGCGGAGGCAACAGCGCGCGCCCUACGAUGCAUCAGCCAGCACAGCAACAGCAGCAGCAGCAGCUGUCGAGGCGCGAGGAGUUGAGCUCGCGCAAGCGGAGCAUGACCCUGGACUUGAACAGCGCGGGGAGACCCGAGCGCAGCAAGCAGGCCCGUUGCUCGGGCCUGCUCACCUCUCCGGACCUGAACAUGCUGCAGCUGGCGUCGCCGGAGCUCGAGCGGCUCAUCAUCGCUCACAACGGACUGGUGACCACGCCGACGCCGACACCGACCACGCUGUUCUCGCGGACCGCCACCGAGGAACAGGAACAGUACGCGCGCGGUUUCGUCGACGCGCUCGCUCAGCUUCACCAGCAGCAGCAAGCGCCUCAACAGCAGCCACCUGCGCUCCAGCAGCACACCACGUCGGGCCCCGACAUGUCCGACUCGGGCGCCUCGACCUCCAACGACAGUUUCAUCCUGCCUUCGUCGUCCGAGCACUCGGCAACGGGCGGCGACGUGAAAGACGAGCCCCAGACGGUGCCUCGGCUGGGCGCCACGCCGCCGCUGUCGCCCAUCGACAUGCGCGACCAAGAGAGGAUUAAGCUGGAACGGAAGAGGUUGAGGAACCGAAUCGCGGCAUCGAAGUGCCGUAAGCGAAAGCUCGAGCGCAUCUCGCGGCUCGAGGAGAAAGUGAACGCGCUCAAGAGCGAGAACGCCGAGCUCGGCUCCAUGGUGAGCCUGCUUCGCGACCAGGUGUGCCGGCUCAAGCAGGAGGUGAUGACGCACGUCAAGCAGGGCUGUCAGAUCAUGGUGUCGUCGUACGCGCCCUAGGACGCGCGCGGACUUGAGAGACUCGGUGUUCGCGCUGUGUGUACAUACAUGGACUGAUGAAUCUCGCUAUCGCCCCUCCCCUCAUCGUCACCACCACCGCCCCGAACAAGCACCGAUCGAGAGCUUGGACGCUUCGUGUGCCGCCAGCGAAACGGUGCGCGUUUUGGGGCGUUGUCCAAUAAAACGCCAUUGUGUAAAGUG